AUGGAUGGCCCAACAAUAUCAAGAAGAUCUACUGUUUACUCAGUAAAAGGCAUGGUUUCUUCUACACAACCAUUAGCCAAUGCUGCAGGUAUCAAGGUGUUGUCUCUUGGUGGCAACUGUGUAGAUGCUUGCGUUGCGAUAUCUGCAUGCCUCUCAGUUUUGGAGCCUUCGUCAACAGGAAUUGGAGGUGAUUGCUUUGCUUUAUUUUACAAAAAUGAAGAUAAAAAGACAUAUGGUAUCAACGGUACUGGAAGAUCAGCUUCAGCACUUAGCAUCGAGUGGCUCAAAGAAAAUUACCCUGACCAUAUUUUACCUACUAUGCGAUUCAAGGAGGAUUCUGUCUUCAAGGUUCAAGUACCGGGAAAUAUUGCGGGAUGGUGUGAUGCCAUCGAUAGUUGGGGGAGCGGAAAACUUUCAAUGUCAGAUAUUUUAGAACCCGCCAUAAGCUUAGCAGAAGAUGGAUUUGUCGUUUCGCAGAUAAGUGCUUCUCUUUGGCAGGGAGCUGAAAAUAAAUUGAAAAGAGAAAAUCCAGAAAACGAGGAACUUUUAAUAUUCCUACCCAAUGACGGUUACAAAGGACCUGAAAAGGGUCAAUUCAUGAAAAAUCCUUAUUUAGCUGAUACAUUAAGGAAAGUUGCUAAUCUUGGAAAAAAAGGCUUCUAUGAGGGUGAAGUUGCAAAUUCAAUAGUAGACGAGUUGUCCAAAAGAGGAUCACUCAUUUCAUUAGAUGACCUUGCAAAUCAUACGUCAACCUUCGUGGAUCCAAUAUCUUUCGAAAUGUUGGAUCAUAAGCUUUGGGAAAUUCCACCAAACGGAUCUGGUGUAAUUGCAUUGUUAUCGCUCGGCCUUAUAAAUCAAUUAAAUAAGACCAAAAUUAUUAACUUAAAAGAUAUGAAGCAUAAUUCUACAGAUUAUUUACAUACAAUAAUUGAAUGCUUGAAGCUUGGGUUCAAAGAUUCAGAUGAAUAUGUGAAUGAUCAUGAGUAUUUUUUAAAAUCUCAUAACAUUGAUCAAUCCAAAUCAAUUACUAGUCUUCUUACGGAGGAGUAUCUCUCCAGCCGUAUAAAUCUAUUCAAAAAAGACAGCAUUAUUUCAAAUCGGGAUGUCAGACAUGGUAUUCCUGACCCAAUGUUUAAAUCAGAUACCGUUUACUUUACUGCAACCGAUUCAGAAGGUAAUGCCUGUUCAUUUAUCAGUUCCUUGUAUGAGAACUUUGGGAGUGGUAUUAUUGUUCCUGGUAGAGGUUUUGCACUUCAGAAUAGAGGAGGUAAUUUCAACUUGAAUCCUGAAAGUAAGAACUGUCUUGAAGGCAAUAAAAGAUCCUACCAUACAAUCAUUCCGGGAAUGAUAACGAAGCCAUCAACUGACUCUACUAACGAAGAGCUUUAUGCAAGCUAUGGUAUUAUGGGAGGAUACAAUCAGCCUCAAGCCCAUGUGCAAGUAUACUUGAAUAUGCUCCUAUUUGGCAUGGAUCCCCAAGAAGCUUUGGAUGCUCCUCGAAUUUCGCUAUUUCCUCAUCCUGAUUAUGAAGAUACUGACUUAGGAUUGGGAGCCGAUGGGCCGGCAAGCACAGACGUUACUUGUGUCGGGGUAGAGGAGGGAAUCGAAUCUGAUGUGAUUGAUGGUCUUAUUUCUUUAGGACACGAAGUGCAAAUCUUCAAAGGGAAUGAAAGAAAACUUUUUGGUAGGGGACAGAUUAUUAGAAAGGAAUUUUCUGAAGGUGGUAAACGCAUGGUGUAUAGUGGAGGGAGUGACUUGCGGGGGGAUGGAGCUUCCGUACCAUUGAUAUGA